CGAGCCAUGAAUGUAGUCGGGUGCGCGCCUCUGUCUGUACAGCAUUCAUAAAACGUUGAAGGGAUGCUGAAUGCAGCCUUGAAUUCUCGCAGCGCUGGCCUUGGUCACCCCUGACAACAAAGGACGCUUUGACAUGUCUCAAUAAAAGUAAGGAUCCAAUUACAUGGCCUGUGUGCACGAGCUAAAAAGGCACGGUGCCCAAGUCAAGUUGUGAUUGGCUGUUAUUAAAGUCAGUGAACUAUCAAUCAAGCUGGACAGUUGGUGGCCAUGGCAACUCUCUCCGCAACCAGCGCCCAGCAACAAAGGUUCAUCCCUAUAUGAAGUGAGUGUAUAAGUCUGAACAGGCAGCCUCACAGCAAGCAAACAUGCCUCCAAAGAAAAAAACAAAAAAGUCCACAAAGAAGAAUCCAGAAAAAAGUGAAAAUGACUUGGAAGUGAAGUAUAAGCGCAGUAUUCUGGAUAUAGCCAUCCUACAGGAUCACAUCGCUUUACAGUGUGAGUCUGUAAUAAAGGUCCAGUCUGAUCGAACUGACCUGAGGAGACGCAUGAGAGACAUGGAGCAGAAGCUGCAGCGCGAGAGACAAGACCACAGGGACAUCAACUCUGACCUCAGUCGCCAGUACAAAACCAUGCAGCAAGAGGUGACCAACAAGGUGAAGAGGCUGGAGAAGGAGGUUAGCCAGCUGUCGGAAGAACUUGUCCUGUGUCAGGAGGAACUGAGGAAGGAGAAAAGAGAGCAUGAGCAGGUGGAACAGGAGAAGGACGCCACCAUAGCUGACCUCCAACACAAGCUGGACAACAUGGAAACAGACUAUAAGAAGAUCCUGCAUGAGACUCUAGACAGCCUGACUUCCCAGCUGUCUGUGACUCGACAGGGAUGGGAGAACAAGAGCACAACCCUUCAUCAAAAUUACAAGGAACUGCUCUCUGAAUUUGGCCUGAAUGCAUUAGACAUCUAAAAGACAGGCCCCUUACAAAUGAAAGCAGCUGCUCCUCUCACUGAGACACAUUUGUUUAAUGUUGUAUCUACAACUUGGUUCUAUUUGAUCCGACUGUUGCAUCUGUGUUUGGUUCAAAUGAAAGUGACAUCCGCGACAACAUCAAUUUGCAACUCACAAUUUAGUAUUCCUAACACACGUAUGGAUGUUGUUAUUAAAUAAUAUUCUACCAUCAGAGUACAAAAUAGGCUGAGUUAUCUAUGCAUGUAUUCAGUAAUUCACCAUGUAGCAUCUGUAAUGUUGUGUAAUGCCCACUAGAUGUAGCAAAUGACUGUUUAUGGUCAGGGAGAUGGUGGCCAGAAUAUCUUUUAACCCCAGAAAUUUUCUGGGUAUUAUAUUAUAGAGUAUUAUAUAGUAUGUAUUCUGUCUUUAUAUGUGUAAAUACAUGGUAUACUUUGUUCUUUUUUGAGACUUAAGAUAUUUCUUAAGCCAAAUAGUGGUACAUGGUAUGAAAUGAAUGAUAUUGGGUGAGAGUAUUCUGUAUUGUGCAUAAACAGCAGUAAAGAAUUAGUAGACAGCAGGCCAAAUAUGGUAACAGGCAAGAAAGCGUAAGUGAAACUGGCCACAUGAAUCACAGUGAUGUAAGACAUUACAUUAUCACCACUGCUAAAAUGUAAUACUAAUACACUGCAGUGUUUUCAUUCAACCCACAACUAUGACAAAACAGAAAUCAUGAGAAAGGAAAAUAUAAAAAGCAAAGACUAGGUAGACUAACAAUAGACAAUAACAAGAAAAAGGCUAAAUAACAGUUAAUGCAGUGCAGGAAAUAUGAUUUAGCUGCUGAGCAUCGAUAAAACCCGACUUCCCCUGCAGGGAGCCAGAUAAACAGAUUUUACUUCCAAGGCUGUCAUUUGCGCGUCUUUUUCAUGGCCCAGUGCAAUGUUUUUAGCCUCUCAUCUGUGAGGUAAUGAAUCAUUUACUUGGGGAUUAAGAUAAUUCUGUUCUCUAACGACCAAUUAACACAGGAACUCAAGAGGCCUUUAUCUGAAAACUAAUAUUUUCUCCUCAAACCACAAGGAGUUGUUGCCUUCAGGGGGCAUAUGUUUCUGUUUCUGUUAACGGUUUAAUGGGGUUGACUACCGUCAUCCCAGUGCUCAAUAUCAGAUCAGCAUAGUUCACCUGUUAGUGGGGGAACACAAAAAAUAUGUAUUAUAUUUAUAGUAGUCAGUGGGGGAAGAAGUAAUCAGUAAGUACUUAUGUAAAAGUACCAAUGCAGCAAUGUAAAAAUACUCAGUGCAUGCAUCAGUGCGUAUGUAGCAUUUUACUGUUUUAGCAGGUUAGCAGCAGUCGAGGUGGAACUAGUUUAAACAACUAAUACACUGUAUACACAGGUAUUUUAGUCCAGUGGUUCCCAACCUAGGGGUCGGGCCCCUCCAAAGGGUCACAAGAUAAACCUGAGUGGUCCGAGAUGAAUGGGGAGAGGAAAGACAGGACUUACUUUUUGACUAUUGGAUAAUAUGACCUCUUUGGGCCUCGAACUGUUAUUUAAAUGAAACCAUCUCAUAAGUUUAGAGGGUAAAUGUCUCUUUAGUGGAACUACGAACAACCCACAGACAUCUGAAACCUGUGACCCAACUACACACUGCUUUUUUAUGAGGGGUAACAAGCCAAAAGAAACCACUGGUUUAAGCUUUAACAAUGCAAUUUAUAAGUAUCAUAUGUGUUUAUGUAAAAUAUGAAUCUGAAAAUUACAUUACAUAUAUUUGACAGCAGUAGUUACAAGCUAUAGCUGUCAAAUGAAUGUAGUGGAGUAAAAAGCACAAUAUUUCCCUCUGAGAUUCAGUGGAGUACUAUAAAGUAGCAUGAAAUGGUACAUAAAAUGGUACUUAAGCACAAUACUUGAGUAAAUGUACUUAGUUACUUUUCAUUCCUGGUAGUAGUAUAUACCUAGUAAGGUAAGGUGUACACUAAGGUGUAUAUAACUUUUUUUCUACAGGUUUUGUCCAUGGUGCACAUGAUUAAUGAACUGAUUCUAAUUUCAACCCUGCUAACGUUUGUCUGCUGUCAUCUGAUGCAUUUGCUCAGAUAAAUGAUGCUCUGUAAAAAAGUCAUUAUGUCAUUAUGGAAAGUGACUGAUGUGUACUUCAAUCUCUGGAAUUUUAAUCCAAGGUCAACAAAGACUUUUGGUACCAACAUUCAACAGAAAUGAGUUUUGUGACAGUUUCAUCUGAAGAACUCCUGUGGUUUUGAUAUGUGGUACCCAAUUGACUGAUUUCCACAAUAAAAGCUGCCUGCUAUCUC